AUGGGUUGCGACAGCAUCAUUCUGUGUGUUGAAGUCAAAUCUGCCGUCGACUCGAAGCACCUUCAACGAUGGGGACAAAAUCUUCAGCAGGCUAUUCCAACUUGCACCUCUGUGUUCAGACUGCACGCCAGCGACAAGCAUGACUCCUCUAAACCGUAUAGAGACCAGUAUUUAAUCAAUCUGGAGAACCCGGAAGCACUUACACAAGCCACGAUCGAACACCUUAGAUCCGAGUCAUCGACGCUGUUUUCUUCGUCGGACUGGAACAUUUAUCACGAAAUCGCCCGACGUUCAAGGCCUGGGUUAGACGGCAACGAAUAUCCACCAACGGGCACUGAAUACGUGCAAGUUGGCAUGGAUCCUACCCUCGCUAGCACCCAAGACUAUCUCGACUGGUUUGACCAGGAACACCAAGGCAUGCUCGCUGAAGUUCCCGGCUGGCGUGGCACUCGGAGGUAUAGGUUGGUUUCAAGCCACGGGAGCGGGAGAGAACAUGCAGCCCUCUUCCUCUCGGCCAGCGAAUACGACGUUGAGAACGGGUUGGGAGGUCCUAUCUGGCAGCGCUCCAUCGACACUCCGUGGACAGGGAGAGUGAGAGAAAAUCUGGCCCGGCCAUAUCACCGGCGCACUUGGAAGUUCGUGCCGCUAUAG